UUUACAAAGUAGGCGGAACAGGUAAUUGAGGUGUGACUCAUGGGAGUUGUUAGUGCACUUCAGCCAGUUGAUAUUAUGGUGAUACAACAAUCUGUGUAACUCGACGCUAUCAGUUCUGACAGCCGACACCCUUCGAGACAAUGUUGUAUUUAAUAGGAUUGGGGUUAGGCUCAUUUUCAGAUUUGACGAUCAAAGGUUUGGAUGUACUCAAAAAGUGUGACUAUGUGUAUCUUGAUAGUUACACUUCUAUAUUCUCUGAAGAAAAUAUCAAUGAACUAAAAAUAACUGAGAAGUGUAUAUUCCCAGCCGAUCGAGAAUUUGUAGAACAAAGUAGUGAAAUCCUUGAUCGAGCGAAGGAGUAUGACGUUGCAUUCCUAGUUAUAGGUGACCCUUUGGGAGCAACUACUCAUAGUGACAUUAUAUUGCGAGCUGUUGAAAGGAGUAUUCCCUACCAAAUAAUUCAUAAUGCCUCAGUUAUAACAGCAGUGGGAUGCUGUGGUCUGCACCUGUACAAUUUUGGUAUUACUGUAUCAAUUCCUUUAUGGGAUGAAUUUGGGCGUCCAGAGAGUUUUGUUGACAAGAUACUGAAAAAUAUGAGGAAUGGAUUCCAUACUUUGUGUUUGCUGGAUAUAAAGGUCAAAGAAAGAUCUCUGGAGAACAUUCUGCGUGAUCGAAACAUAUUUGAACCUCCACGCUUCAUGACCUGUUGCGAAGCUGUGUAUCAAAUAGUAGAAGCUCUCAACAAUAAAACUGAUGAUUUGUUGGAUGGAUCAAAUUCAUUAGUAGCAUCUUGCGUCGUCAUCAGUCUUUCACGAAUAGGAUCCGAUGAUCAAAAAAUUAUCGUCUCAAGAAUAAGCGAUGUAUACAAGGCUCAAGCGAACUUGAACAACCCUGAAGUUAUUUUUGGUGGUCCACCACACUGCAUAAUAGUACCUGGGAAAAUACAUCUACUAGAAUCAGAGUUUUUACUGGCCCGGUACCAGAACAAGGUGGAGAAUCAAUCCUAUUUGCCAAAAUUUUACACCUUCGACCUAGAAGAAUCUGAUGAUGUACUGCAAACCUUCCAGAACCUUGUAGAUACACAUAACAAAACAAUCCAUAGCAUCCAACUUCCUCAGAGUCCAGGAUAACACGCUUGUACGUGCUAAUUCUUUUUAGGUAAAAAUAUAAGGCAAAUCCAACUAUUCAUUAUUACUUUUGUUACUUAUUAUUAUUUUGUUGCUUCACUCUUCUAAUCAGAGCCGUUGUCGUAGUCCUUUAACGAAUGGGGAUACACGGGGUUCUCAUAUUACUAUUAAUUUCCAUACAGAAAUGAAUAAUCAGGUUAGGAUGAUUACUAAAGCUCUCGGAAACUUCUUAACAUGCUCAUGAGUGUUAAGUUGCAUGGUUUGUAAGGCCCUAAAACAGAUAACCAGCACCAUCUAAACUGCAACAACACCGGUUACUGCAGAGUACCUACUUCUCAUGCCAAAUGCAUGAGGAGUAACAUUCAGCAAACAGAAUGAUAUUUACCCUAUACAGCGUUACCAACGAGUACUUCAAAGUGUGUUGAACAGGCAGGCGAAAACCACGCAACUGUCCGCUGGGAUCCACGGUAAACAACUAUGAAAAUACAUACUAAUGGGGUAGGAUGAGAAGCAUAAUACCUAACUCUUAGGCCAUUUAUAUCCUACAGCCGACUCA